AUGGAGGCUGAACAACAGAAGACCCUCCAGGACUUUAUCCUGGAGCAGGCCAGUGUACAGCAGCAGCUCCUGCACCAGUCAGUGAGUCCCCCUGGAGGUGAUGGCAGCCGCGCACUAGAGUUGGGGCUGUAUAAGAUAGGCUCUGCCAAUGACCUCGACGCCUUCCUGUGUAUGUUUGAGUGGGUGGCACUGGAUGGGACAAGUUCUCCUCCUCCUCUGGGGCUGGUGGUGCUACAGCUCUGGUGUACACAGGUCUGGUUCCUGAACACAUGGCAUGAGUUGAGCCAGCAUGUUUCUGCACUGACCAAGGCAAUAGCAAACUGCCCAUACAAGAAACAGCUGGAGACCCAACUAUUCUCCUUCUGCACUGAUGGGGGCUGGUCCAGUGGCAUAUGUGUGGAGAAGGAUGGGAUGGGACUGCAACAGGUGUGGAAGAGACAAAUCCAGCAGUUUAACAGAGUCAGCCCUGUUGCGGCAGCAGCAGCCAUAGCAGCAGCAUACCCUUCCCCAAGCCUACUGCUUCAGGCCUAUCAAUAGUGCAGCACAGAGAAGGACAGACUCCUUCUGCUGAGUGACAUUUGGGUAAAAGCAGAGGAUAGCAGGAGAGAAAGACGGCUUGGACCAGACUUAUCCUGCCGAGUCUCUCUCUUCUUGACAUCCACUAAUCAAGACCUUGUUUUGGACUUAAGUGUGUAG